UCGAAAUGGGACCAAUAGAUUUAAACUCUACUAAAACCGAACUUGAACUGGAAGAAAAGAAAAACAGCUCCGCCCAAUAUUUGCGUCAACGAAAGUGGCUAGGAAAAGGUAUUAAGCAGAUUUACUUCGAGUACUGCGCCAACACUUCAAUUCAUGGCAUUCAAUACUUUGGGGAGCACCGCCCCUUAGUAGAGAAAAUAUUUUGGCUUUGUGUAUUCUUGGCUUCAAUAUAUUGCUGCUCAAAUCUCAUACUAAGCGUUUAUAUGAAAUGGAAUGAAACCCCUGUGAUUGUGAGUUUUUCGGAAAAGUCUACACCUGUUUGGAGCAUACCAUUUCCGGCUAUUACCAUCUGUUCGGAAACCAAGCGAGUCUCCAAAACAAGGGGUGUCACUUAUGCCCAAUUCUUUAAAAGCUUACAAGAGCAUGUUAAGGCGCGCCGGUUCUUUCAACCGAAAAAUAUCAGUGUUGCAGAGUUGGAAGAAUUCCGUACACUUCUGCAUAUCUGCAAUACUCAGCUUAUCGAGCGUGGUACCCCUAUUCUUUCCACAGAUCUAAUAGAUUACUUUGGCGUAUUGGAUAAAAUGCAGCCGGACUUCAGCCGAUAUUUCUUUUAUUGCAAAUGGUUUAGCCACUUUGGUGAAUGCGAUGAACUUUUCACCCGCUCAUACACCGAAGAAGGUAUUUGCUAUACAUUUAAUGGUCUUAACGCCACCGAUCUUUACCGCGAAAAUACUUUUCAAUAUCAAAGAAUGGGAUUUCAGAACUUUUCUAAAAAUAUAAUACUAAAACGUCCACUUAAGUGGUCAUUGCAAGAUGGUUAUGCGAUUGACAGUGGCAUUAAAUCGUAUCCGGCGCGAGUUCUUGGUGCAGGAGCACGUGCUGGCCUUUUCAUUGCACUACAAAGUUUUCGCUCAGAAGUUGACUACGCUUGCCGGGGCCCCAUUCAAGGCUUUAAAGUAUUGCUGCAUUCCCCAGAUGACGUGCCAUUAGUUUCAAAUCAGUUUGUGCGCAUACCAAUGGGCAAAGAGGUGCUCAUUGCAGUUAAGCCUAACAUGAUAAC